AUGAAAUCAGAGGACGCAGUCGUUUACUCAAGAACUAUCGAACAGAAAAUUAUCCGAUUCAUUGAGAAACCUGAGAAUCUUCCAAAUUAUCUUAAAGUUUUUCGAUCAGUAUCAGAAGAUGAUAAUGAAUCCAACAAUAAACCUUCACAAUCCGAUUUCCUUGCGUCUUUUUUUAAUUCUCGCAAUAAUUUAAAUAUCACCAGCUUGCUAGACACAUUACAGACAUUGUUGAAGCAUCACAUAAAUAGUUUAAGCUUGGUUUGGUGUGAAGAACGAAAAUGA